AUGAACAGACGAAUAGUUCGCGGUUCAAUUGUCAUUAUUUUAUGCCGUGAUGUCCCAUGUGCCAGACCUCAGAAUAGUCCUAACUUUCGGGCAAAAGGUGAGGAUAACUUUUGGCGGAAAAAGGACGCGGGUGAAUAUGAACUUGGUGCACUCAAUUGCCGUAAUGCAUCGUGCAUCUCUCUUUCUUAA